AUGUCCGAGUACACCCCUGUCGUCUUUCGCCCUAUCGCUACCGCCAGCGUCCAAUUCAGCAUCAGCGUCGGACAACUCCUCGCCAACGUGGCUAUCAAGGCUUUCGGAGAGUUGGAAUCGCAUUGGGCGUACCGUGGACCGUUCGCAGUUCAGCUGCCAUUCUGCCUCUUUCUUGUGGCAGGUCUACCUUUCUCUCCAGAGACUCCGUGCUACCUUGUCCGCAGAGGCAAGAGAGAUCAGGCCAAGGCCUCGCUCGCCAGGCUUUACGGGAAAGGCUCUCGAGACGACAUCGAGACAAAGGUCUGCGCAUUGGAGAACACCCUUGCAGAGGAGGGCAACAAAGACGCAAGCCUAUCGUCUAUCAUGCUGUGCUUUCGGGGCACCAACCGCAUACGCACUAUGAUAUCGACGUUUGUCUUUCUUGGACUACAUUGUACGGGCACCAUCUGUAUCGUGGGAUACAGUACCUACUUCUUCCAGCUAGCUGGGCUGCCGACGCGUCGAACCUUUGACUUGGGCGUCUGUGUUACGGCUGUUGCGCUCUUUGGUGUCUGCUGCAACUGGGUUGUUAUAAACAGACUUGGCCGGCGGAAGAUCUACGUUUCGGGAAUUUUUUGCCUAACGGCACUUCUCUUCACGAUCGGCAUCAUUGAUGUCAUUCCCAGUGGAGCGGGCAAAACAGUGGAGGCGGCCUCUACUGUCGCUUUCGCGUUCAUUUACACAUUUACCGUGGGCUCUUGCGCCUUUGCCAUCCUUGGCGAGGUUAGCUCCGUGUCCCUCCGGGCGCCGACUGUGGCGCUGGCAACGGGCAUGCAAGCAUUCUGUGGCAUCACGUUCAACCUCAUCAUUCCCUACAUGAUGAAUCCGGAUCAAGGCAAUUUGAAGGGCAAGGUUGGUUUCAUUUUUGGCGUCUCGGCGCUUUGUGCUGGUGUUUGGAGCUUUUUCUUUGUCCCUGACCUGGAGGGGCGUUCAUUCAAUGACAUUGACCGCAUGUUUGUUGCCAGGGUACCUCCACGGAAGAUGGGUUCGUACAAGCUUAAGGGGUGA